UUGCUGCGGGCUGCUUGCGUCGUUGCCAUUUUUAACGCGUCAGCAGAAGCCGGGAGAAAUAUUAUCAAGUGAAACAAUAUCAGAGACAUCAUAACUCUGUAUUUUGUGCAGAAGUGGUAGACAAGAUGACGUCACAAGUCCCAGCAAAGAUUGUGCUGAAAAGCACCACAAAGAUGUCUCUCAAUGAUCGCUUCACCAACAUACAGAAGACGCGCCCCCAAACCGUCGUGCCCAACAUCCGCGCGAACAUGGUGGCCCAGCAACAGGCGUCGGCCAAGAACAGGAGACUGGCCCAGCAGUUGGCCAACCGGCCUGGAGUUGGACCAAUGAUGAACCAACCACAGAUCAGCAUGCCAGGAACAGGGGUUGCCGUGGCGAUGAGGCUCAAGAAGCGCAGUCUCCAGCAACGCUUGGGUCGGAGCAAUGUGAAGGCCAGGCUGAACCUAUCUGCCGUUGGGCGGGGCCAGCCUCGGGGAGGUGGCCAGCGGGGGAACCGACGUGGGGCCCGCGGGAUGAGGCGUGGUCGGGGAGGGCCCCCUGGUGGCCAGAUGAGUAGACAACAGUCGCAGGGAUCAAUUAGUGGAGACGGCAAUAUGGGCUUCAACCAGGGCUUUAACCAAAGCUUCAGUCCACGUCGAGGUGGGCGUGGCAUGAGGAGGGGUGGAUUCCAGCCUAGAGGUGGGCGUGGCAGUCCCAGUGGUUUCAGGGGGCGUGGUGGUGAUGAUGGGCGGCCAUAUUACCGAGGUGGUGGUGGGAGCCGCCGUGGGCGGGGUUUCCAGUCUCGUGGCUACGAUUGGGGCCAGGGGCGCGGAGGGAGGGGAGUUAACCGGAGUCGAGGAAGAGGACGUUUCCAGCGAGGUGGAAGGUUCCAAGGUCGUGGUGGUCGUGGCAGGGGUCAAGGUCGUGGCGCAGGUCGUGGAGCAGGUCAGACCCCGAUGUCCCGGGAGGAGCUGGACAACCAGCUAGAGGAGUACAUGUCCAAGACCAAGACUCACCUGGACACAGAGCUGGAUGCUUACAUGGCCGAGGCCAGCUGAGGUGGACAGUGCUUCGAGACUAGAGACUUAUAAUGACUUGGGUGGUUGGGGAUGAAGUGGAACCUGCACAGAACACGUCCAUGCUGAUACACCUCAAGUAUCUCAAUAAAACCAUGAUGGAGCUUUCUUCACGUGGGACAGUGCAUUGUGUGGGCACGGUGUGAAGGGCGGCAAGGCCGGCUAUAGUGUUGUAACAAGUAGCUAUUAUCUUAAUUUCCAUUGAGUUGCUGACAGUCUUCUGUUUGUGUGUUCCCGUGUGCUGAGGCCUGUGUCCCUGUUGGGUUGGAGGGGAGGGAGCCAAGAGGAAAUGAACAAACCAGUAAAUAAACGGCAGCAAUUGCCUUGACAUUUAAGUAUUCAUGUGACAUUGACCAACUACUGCUGUGUGUGCACUCGACAGAAUCAACUGAGUGAUGGGCUAAACAGGGAGUCUAUUAGCACGUCUUUGCUUAGAUCCUUUGAACAUUUAUAAGGAAAUAUUGGGAUGUUUGUAACUAAUUACUUAUGAUUAGAUGUGUGAAAACCAUGUCGCACUGUCAAGCAAAUGUAUUGUGUUGUAACCAUCCUCACUGCCAUCAUUUAUAUUGUUUAAACCUGCAUGAAAUAUUGGCUGAAUGUCAACUAUUUAGUGAUUAGUUGGAAGAUGAUACUGUAAUCAACAUUAAACAAGUUCUGUAGUGAUCACGUCAGUUUGAAGUAUAGCAGUACCUGGAGUUCCUCUGCGGCGGACCCUUGUAAUCCAACCAGCUGUGGAACAACUCACACAGUUUUAUAUCUUUGUUUCCCUGUCAGUGUCGGUGUUGUCAUUUGUAUUCAUAAUACAUCAUGUAUUUAUUGCCAUUUGAUUUUAUAUAUGUUUAUUCUGUAGCUGGUGAAGCUGUGUGUCAAGGAAGCAUUUGUUUUUUAAUACAAUCACUUAGGAGUGAAACCUUUUUUUAAUUUUACAUGUUGGUGUCAGUGAUAGUUUAGUUGUAAACUUUCUCUAGUUCAGUGGUGUUAUGUUAAAGUCAGGAGUGGAAUUUCCCACUUAUUACACUUGGGACUAGUCUUUCAUGCAGCAUAAACUGUUUCUGGAUAGAGAACUAGUCCUCACUGUUUUUCGCUUGUCUUGAACUGGUGGCUGUUGAGCACUGGUUGUUCUAUGCUUUCUUAAGCUAAACAUGUACUUACUUUGAUAACGGUCAGAAUCACCAUCUGAAUCUAUGAACACAUGUAUGUCUUGUAAAUGUGUUCACGAAGCCACAAUAUUUCGGUCUUGUAUAGCGAAUAUGAGGAGUGGUUGCUAUAUCUUGACUAACUUCAUAGAUUAGCUCUCAACUGCAGUCACCAGACAGAUAAGCAGAAAGGUAACUGAAAUAUUAAAAUGUUCCCCCUUGUGGUUUUGAGCAGACUGAACAAACUCCUGCUACAUCACAAGCAACAGUCGUCUGCCAGGCAGCCAGCCCACAGUCUGGUUGUGAAGUGUAGGACUUGCGUGACUGUGUACGUUCACUGUUCAGAGACCUUGUUUUACAUACAUACUCUUCCUGUUUGUAGAUAAUGUACAGAAAUCAUCAUUUCUUAAAUAAAGGAAAACAUGAAUGCCUAAUGUGACAUGUC